ACUCGCGUCUGUUACCUAGCAAAAGUCACCUCCAGAGAGUCUGCCCCACUAUCCCGUUGAUAUAGUUCCCGCGGGGUGAUAUUCUUCCACUUUUCCUAGCUACUAUCGGACACGCGACAAGAGAGAGAGUGAAGGAAGUCGAUCCCCGAAAAGAAUUCACCCACCACGGCCACCACUAUAUCAACCGCCCGCUGCCCCUCGUUUCUCCCACGGAAGCUACCGACCAACUCCAUCGCCCGCCGCCUGCCUGCUGCAUGCCACCGAACCAUGGCUAACAAUCCGCCCCCGCUGCCAGCCUUCCUCCAGCAGUCCAAGACUGACCUCCACUCCAAGUUCGUCGACCUCGAAUGGCAACAACGCAACCGCCUCGCCCAAGGCACCUCGCAUCCCGCCAAUGGCUCGCCCGACUCCUCCCCCUUCGCACGCCUCACGGGCACCCACAUCUCCUCCCGCAACCGCUACCUCAACGUCGAACCCUUCGCCGCCAACCGCGUCAAGCUCCGCGUGGCAUCCGCCUCCGACAACGACUACAUCAACGCUUCUCCCAUCUCCCUAGGCAAGAGACGAUACAUCGCAACCCAAGGUCCGAAAGACACAAGCGUAGCGCAUUUCUACCGCAUGUUGUUGGAGGAGUCGCAGAAUCCCGCGGUGGUGGUCAUGUUGACGCAGACACACGAGUCGGGGAAAGAGAAGUGUUUCCAGUACUACCCGUCGAGCGAGAGGGACAGUCCGCUACACCUACCAGUGAAAGCGAGUGAAGAGGAGGUGGUCGAGCAGAACGGACAUGAAGAGGCAUACAACGGCACAGUCGAGCUCAUCAGCGUGGAGAGACACACACCCUCUCGAUCAGAGGUGAGACGGAUGAGGCUGAGAUUCGAAGACAAACCCAACCAAGAACGCGAAGUCCGCCAUCUCCUCUUCGAAGGCUGGCCAGAUUUUCUCGUUCCCGAAGGCGACGACCGCGCCGCUCUCGUCGAACUCGUGCGACUAUCCGCAGCACUUACAACCUACUCCCCUGCCAACGGCUCUCUCGCCUCCACACUCGCUUCCGCAUCGCCGUCGAACCCGCGCAUUGUGCAUUGCUCCGCUGGAGUCGGCCGUUCAGGGACGUUCAUCGCGCUGGACUACCUCCUCAGUGAGAUGUUCGAGGGAAACUGGGACAAUCUGGCGAUAGGAAGGGAUCCGGUCGCCGAGACGGUGGACGAGCUGCGGAAACAGAGGAUGAUGAUGGUUCAGGGCGAGAGCCAAUUCAUGUUCUUGUACGAGGCAUUGAGGGAGCAGUGGGCGAAGAAAGGUGGAGGAGAGGAUGCGAAGGGUGGAGCGAAUCGAUGACAGGCGGGUCGGGCGCGCUGAGGAAACCGAGGAAACAUGGAUGGGUUGAAUGAUUAUAACGAGGAGGUAUGAGUCCACGACUUGGCUCAGUCAGGGACAUUGGACGAUUGGUAUGACCUCUGUGCUGGAGUGGCAUGGAGUUGGGAUGCAGACUUCACCAAGAGACAGAUGGGAAAGAGGAACGGAACGAUGAGGUGCCUCAAUUACGAUGAAGAUGAUCAUUCGUGGAUGCCUGCUGUGAGUGGCAACAG